GUUCUGUAGUAUCGGUUGUGAUACGUCAUCACUGCGUUGUAAUAUGGCAACACUGAACUGAAUAAAGAAGCCAUUAUAAUAUCAGCACUCUAACUGAACAGACGAGUUUUAUUGAAUACUACAUUUGGCGACGAGGAAUAAAAAAAAAAGAAGACCGGAAAAAAGGAAAAUUUGGUGGAAAACAACGGGAGAAAUAUGAAUCAACAACCUUGGUGCAUUGGACCACGGUCUUUUGAUGUAAAGGAAGAGAACUGUGCGACAGAGUGGAAACGAUGGUUACGCAGUUUCGAAUUCUUCGCAACAGCAAGUGGCAUUUCGGACGAGAGUAAACAUAACUGGUUACUGCACUACGCGGGACCACAAGUUCAGGAGAUUUUCGAUAACCUGCCAGAUUCACCAACUGAAACGAAACCGACGGUAACAACUGGAAGAAUCGAAUUUCAAGUUGAAAACGAUGAAGACGAGAACAACGAAAAUGAUCAUGACAACGAAUACUCCAGAACUGUAGCGAAGCUGACCGACCAUUUCGCUCCAAAGCAAAACAAGAGUUAUGAGCGGCAUAUUUUCCGGAAGAUGAGCCAAGGAAAAAAUGAACGAAUCGAUUCGUUUGCCAUCCGUUUGCGUGAACAGGCCAAUCGCUGUGAAUUCGGCAACCAAAAGGACGAGAAUAUCAAAGACCAGAUAACAGCAGCCUGUCACUCGGAUCUGCUUCGACGAAAAAUACUUGAACGAGGUGACCACGAUUUGAACUCUGUCAUGAAAUUGGGAAGAAUCCUCGAAUCCGUAUCUAACCAGCAAAAAUCAUUCGUCAACGAUGCGAAACCUCCGAGCGAUGGAUUGGACGACAAGAGCGAGGUGUGUGAGAUCCGUACCAGAACUGCAUUCAAACGGAAAUACUUUGACAAGACACAAUCCAAUCAUAAACGCGAUGAAUGUAGUCGUUGCGGCUUGAAUGGACACAAGUCCGAUGACAUGAAAUGUCCGGCUAAAGGAAAAAAAUGCCUGAAAUGUGGAAAACUCGACCAUUUUUCAAAAAAAUGUUUCACUAAAAACGCUAAUCAACCGCCAACGAAAUUCAAGCGAGAGUCAGUUCGUCUGGUCGACACGUACAACGACAAUAAAUAUGAUGACUACGACGACGUGUUCAUCAUCGACAACGACGGCGUCUUCCAUAAUUCCAACGGCGAGAACAACGACAAUACGAUGUGGUGCAAAAUCGGAGGCGUCGAACUCCAAUUUGUUAUCGAUUCCGGCACUAGACGGAACAUCAUUGACAGAGAAUCUUGGUCAGAUCUGAAAACAAAGCACAUUGCAACAACUUGGCGUCGAAAGGAAGUUGAUGCCGGUUUCACGUCUUACGGUGGUCAUCGUCUACAAUUCUUGGGAAUGUUUGAGGCAAAAAUCGAAAUCGGCGAUAAGCAAUCGAUGGAAUCAUUUUAUGUGGCGGACGAAAUUGGAAAAUGCUUGCUGGGUUACGUCACAGCAAAACGCUUGGGAAUUCUUAAGAUUGGCAUCAACGUAAACAAUGUCACCGAUGAGACAACAGGAAAACUCAGCACAAUCAAAGGUAUAAGUGUCGAAAUACCAAUGAAAGACAACUGUAAGCCUGUUCAGCAACCGUAUCGUCGAAUCCCCGCUCCUUUGGAGAAAGCCGUCGAUGAAAAAAUUUCCAAAAUGCUCCGUCAAGACAUCAUUGAGAAAGUGAACGUUUCAAAGUGGAUUUCACCGCUGGUUAUAACACCGAAACCAAACAACGACGUCCGAGUAUGCGUCGACAUGCGACGAGUCAACGAAGCAGUCGCCAGAGAACACCACCCACUACCAACGAUUGAAAAUUUUCUCCCACAAUUGGAAAAUGCUAAAUUCUUUUCCAAAUUGGACAUCGAGCAGGCCUUUCAUCAAGUGGAAAUAAGUGAAAAUUCCAGAGAAAUAACAACAUUCAUCACAAAGAGAGGACUUUUUCGCUACAAACGAUUAAUGUUUGGAAUCAACUGCGCUCCCGAAAUUUUUCAAAAAAUCAUGGAGCAAAUUUUGAAUGGCUGUGAUGGUACGUUGAACGCGAGCGACGAUAUCAUCGUGUAUGGAAACACCAAGAAGGAGCACGACGAACGAUUGGAUCGCGUGUUGAAUCGACUGAAACAAUUCAAUGUCACUUUGAACUUCAACAAAUGUGUGUUUGGAGCAACCGAAAUCGACUUUCUUGGACACCAUCUUUCAACAGACGGCAUUCGACCAAUGUCAAGCAAAAUUUCAGCUGUGAAGGAAUUUCGUGAUCCAAGAACUACCGAGGAAGUCAGAAGUUUCCUUGGGCUCGUCAACUAUGUCGGGAAAUUCAUCCCAAACCUGGCCACAACUGCAGAGCCAUUGAGCAAACUGAACCGAAAGGGAGCACAUUUUCGCUGGGAAGACGAACAGAAGGACGCUUUCGAGAAAUUGAAAAAUCAACUGACAUCUGACACCGUACUUGGAUAUUACAACGUCAACGACCGAACACAGAUCAUCGCCGAUGCCAGCCCAGUUGGUCUCGGAGCAGUUUUGAUUCAAUUCAAGGAAUGUGGACCACGAAUCAUUGCAUAUGCUAGUCGCAGUCUAACAAAAAUCGAACGUAAAUAUUCGCAGCCGGAAAAAGAAGCACUCGCUCUAGUAUGGGCAGUUGAACGAUUUCAUUUUUACAUUUUCGGCCGGGAAUUCGAGUUGGUCAGCGAUCACAAGUCAUUGGAAGCAUUGUUCAGUCCGAAAUCAAAGCCCUGUGCAAGGAUCGAACGCUGGGUCCUUCGUUUGCAAUCGAACAAGUACAAAGCCGUUUUCAAACCGGGAAAAUCGAACAUUGCCGAUCCGUUGUCCAGACUCAUACGGGAAACGGAUGACAUCAACGCAAUCGACGGAGAUCGGGACGACGAAUCAUAUAUCAAUUGGAUCGUGAUGCACGCAACUCCAAAAGCGAUCCCAAUCGAACGAAUUGAGAUUGAUUCUCUAGCCGACAAAACGAUCGAAUCAGUGAAGCGUGCGACGGACACCAACGACUGGAGUGACGAAUUGACCACACCAUUCAAGCACUUUGCAACCGAAUUUUGUUUCGCCAGAAACAUUCUACUACGCGGUUCGAGAAUCGUUAUGCCCGAAUGUCUGCGUAAUCAAAAGUUGGAACUGGCUCAUGAAGGACACCCUGGCAUGUCAGUGAUGAAACGACGCAUCCGCGCGAAAGUUUGGUGGCCAAGAAUAGAUACCCACGUUGAGGAUUUCGUGAAGAAAUGUAAAGGCUGCAGUUUGGUGGGCGCUCCAUCACCACCAGAACCACUUUCACGGCGAAGUCUACCAUCAGCGGCAUGGGAACACUUGGCAAUAGAUCAUAUGGGACCGUUGCCAUCAAACCACUAUCUCUUGGUUGUCGUUGAUUACUACAGCAGAUACAAGGAAGUGGAGAUCGUGACUUCCACCGACGCCAAUCAGACCAUUCGAAAAUUGAAAAUGAUGUUUGCAAGAUUUGGAUUUCCAUUGUCUAUGCAAGCCGAUAAUGGUCCACCGUUCAACAGUCACGAGUUUGAGACAUUUUGCAAUGACAACAACAUUCACUUGAACAAUGGAACUCCGUACUGGCCUCAACAGAAUGGUGAAGUGGAACGCCAGAACAGAUCGUUAUUAAAACGGUUAAAGAUCAGUCAAUUGGAGAAAAGAAACUGGCAAGACGACCUACAAGAUUACCUCCUGAUGUAUCGAUCCACACAGCAUUCGACCACAAUGAUGACACCAGCUGAAAUGAUGUUCAGCCGAAAUAUUCGUGACAAGCUCCCUUCGAUUCGAGCACCCAGAUCUGAAAACGACGAAGAAGUCCGUGAUCGUGAUACCGAAAUGAAGAACAAAGGGAAACAGUACGCCGAUACGAAGCGACACGCAGAACCAAAUGAAAUAAGAGAAGGGGACAACGUGGUUUUGAAACGACAAAAGCCAACCAAUAAAUUGUCAAGCACAUUUGAGCCGACCACAUACACCGUCAAGGAACGAAAGGGUAGCGAAAUCGUGGUCGAAAAUCCCGAAACUGAAACCGAAUAUCGAAGAAAUGUUGCACAUGCAAAGAAAAUCCCAACCGGGGGUUUCCGAACGACAGAAGACAACCCAACCGAUGCGAUUCCGAAUGUUCCUGAUGCAAUCCCGACUGCGGAGACUGCAAACGAUCACGAGAAUCCGGAUCAGAACCAACGGCCGAAAUCAACACGAGUUCGUGGAGCACCCAAACGUUAUGGGUUCGAGUAAGCGGGAUGGACCAAAUCAAUGAGAUUUUUUUUUCUUUUCUCUCGAAGCGAAUGAAUUUUAAUUUUUUUUUUAUGAACGAGAGGAAGAUAGUGGGAGACGAUAUUGGAUGAAUUGUUAUGAGGAGGAAUUCGAUGAAUUAAUUUAAAGGGGGAAUGGUGUAGUAUCGGUUGUGAUACGUCAUCACUGCGUUGUAAUAUGGCAACACUGAACUGAAUAAAGAAGCCAUUAUAAUAUCAGCACUCUAACUGAA